CCGGAUGUGCGUGCUUGCGCUGGCCUGGCCCGGCCUGGCCAGGGCUCUGCGUUUGUGGCGAUGGCCGCUUUCCGUGCACUGUGUGGGUCGUUGCUGACGGUGAGCCGGCGACGGGCGGCCGCUGGGCUGCAGCCUGGCAUCCGACUGCUCCGUCCCGGUCACAAACACAUGAGCAGCCUGCCCAGCAUUGAUGAUGUGGUGAACGGGCUGACCGAGGAGCAGAGACAGCUUCGACAGAUGGUUCAGAAAUUCUGCCAAAAUCACCUCGUUCCCAAGGCCCAGGAAAUCGACCAGAAGAAUGACUUUCCAGAGUUGAGGGAGUUCUGGAAGCAGCUUGGUGAUCUUGGAGUUCUUGGGAUCACUGCUCCUGUGGAGUAUGGAGGAGCAGGGGGUGGAUACUUGGAUCAUGUCCUCGUUAUGGAGGAAAUAACCAGAGCCUCUGCUGCAGUUGGCCUCAGUUACGGAGCCCAUUCCAACCUGUGCAUCAAUCAGCUGGUGAGAAACGGCAAUGAAGAUCAGAAGAAGAAAUAUUUACCUAAGUUAAUCAGCGGCGAUCAUGUGGGAGCUCUCGCAAUGAGUGAAGCGAACGCAGGGUCGGAUGUUGUCUCAAUGAAAACGAGGGCAGACAAGAAAGGCGAUUUUUACAUCCUCAAUGGCAACAAGUUCUGGAUUACCAAUGGACCUGAUGCAGACAUUCUGAUUGUUUAUGCCAAGACGGACAUUAAUGCCAAACCAGCAUCCCAUGGCAUCACAGCUUUUAUUAUAGAGAAGGGUAUGCCUGGAUUCAGUACAGCUCAAAAACUCGAUAAGUUGGGAAUGAGAGGCUCCAACACAUGUGAGCUAAUCUUUGAGGACUGCAAAGUGCCAGCCAACAACAUCCUGGGAGAACUAAACAAAGGUGUCUAUGUGCUGAUGAGUGGUCUGGACUUGGAACGGCUGGUGCUGGCUGCUGGCCCUCUAGGCAUCAUGCAGGCAGUUAUGGACAAUGCCAUUCCGUAUUUACAUAUUCGAGAGGCUUUCGGCAAGAAGAUUGGAGAGUUUCAGCUUUUACAAGGCAAGAUGGCUGACAUGUAUACCCGUCUGAGUGCGUGCAGACAGUAUGUGUACAAUGUGGCAAGAGCCUGUGAUCUGGGCCACAUGAGUGCAAAGGAUUGUGCAGGUGUAAUUCUUUAUGCUGCAGAGACAGCCACCAAAGUGGCCCUGGACGGAAUCCAGUGUCUGGGUGGCAAUGGUUACAUCAAUGACUACCCCAUGGGCCGCUUUCUACGGGACGCUAAGUUGUAUGAAAUAGGAGCUGGAACCAGUGAAGUCAGGAGGCUCAUCAUCGGCAGAGCGUUCAAUGCUAUUUACAAAUAACCCAGUCUCCCAGCAUCCCAUGUGCCUCCUCCUUCCACAAACCAGUACUGUAUUGUGGCAAUAUCUCGUAUUAACUUUUUAAGGCAUGUACUCGUUAUAUUUUGAAGUGCCUUGGUUUCCGUCAGGACCUUCUUCAAUCCUAGAGAAAUAGCAGCUGCAAAGCAAAGUCAUGAAGGUUGACUUACAUUAAAUGUGAAAUACUCUACGAAAAUAUCAGGAAGGAAAGGGUGCUCCAAUUAGCACAACAGCAAAGACCUCCUGUACAAUACAAAAUACUGACUUGACAUCCUCAUUCAGGUCUGUUUGUUAAUAUACUAGGUGGUGCUUUAUUACUUAAGGGAAAAAAAAAACAAAAAUAGCAUGUGAGAAUACCUCCACAGUGCUACGUACUUAAAUAGGAAGGUUGGUUGCAUCUUUGUUGCUGUGUUCAUAAUCUGUACUUGUUCAGUGUUGGAUCAGGUUGUACAUGCAAGUGUUCAGUUGCUAUUGUUGGGACAACUGUGAUGCAAGUCAUUGGUAGAUUAACUUUCUUCAAUAGAAACUAAGAUGCAGACUGUCCCAGUCAGUGACCUCUCGAUCAAAACUAUGAACUCUAAUAGACUUCCCAUAGCAUUGCUCAGAGUAAGCCAGAAGAUGCGCUCAUGAGUGUUGUAUUGAUGCAACAUUUUGCAUUACUUUUCCAUGAAGCAAUGAUAAAAGGAUCUCGUUUUUUAAAGAUACGUCCCAAGGCCUCUUGAAUUUAAUUGCUUUUCGGUGAAAAUAUCUAGAGGGACAGUGAUGGUAAAUUUUUUACUGCUGCUUGGAAAAGAUCAGUUGUUUCUAUUUGUUAUUAUGAAGUGUGAUGUCCCAUGUAACAGGCUGUGAAACAUGUUUUUUCACUUUCAAAAUGUAGGUGCUACAUGCACAGUGACUUCCUGAGGGUACAUGUAAUGUAUAGUGUAGAUAAACUGAACACAGCAUAUCACAUUGUUAUCACGUAGCAAAUGAUGUCAGCGAUGAGGAAUGAGUUAAAUCCCUUUUUCAUUCUGCUGUACUGGGUAACAGUGGUUACAAUUGCAGAUAAUCCUCCUCAGCUGUCAAAUGCUGUUCAGAUCUGUGCUAUUACACUGACCCGUUCAUACUGGGGAAUCCAUUCUUGGUGAGACCACGUGCUUAUGUGCACAAAGGAUCUGGUGCAGGGUUUGCCAAGUCUGGUUGGACAUAUUCCUGCACGCUUCAUCAUAUGAGUUCCUCCCUCCCCUGCAAAUGAUUCCACAGUGCACUCAUUAUUACAGAGCAAUGUUUUCCCCCACUGAUUGGGAAAUGCGGAAGCUCAUUAUCUGAUGAUUGGAUGAUUCUUGACACUUGGGUAAAGAGACUUUUGUUCCCAGCUCUAAGAUUGUAUUCAUUAAUAAAUAAAGUGUUCAAAGUGAACUGGAGCUAUUGGGAACA